ACUUGCAUAUAUUUGCAUACAUGCACAAUAUGUGAAUGCUCACGUCAUUGGGCUCUAAAUAGAGGCUGUGAGCAAAAUGAAGCAUCGUACAAUGUCUUCCAAUUGGAUGCAUUCGUUAAUACAACGCAAAUUUCCGAUUUGAAACAAUUUCCAAAAGUGACAACAGCCAUCGAUGCAAUUGAUGUGUCCGAACGUACGCUUUUGUCGUUGACGCAGACAAUACAAAACAUAUUGGAGAAUAUGUUGCAAACAUCUUCGUUCAAUUUGACCUCAUAUCGGGCCAGUAUUGGAGCACCAACGCCUGAAAAAGAUUUGGCUACGUUCAUCGAUCAAAUGCAGAGAGUGGCAUUGCAAAUACAGGAUGUUGCCACUUCCUCACGUAUGACAACACUUGGUAGUCGAUCGAAACGUUUGCAAGCUUCUAUUUUGCAGCCAUUGGAGCAAUUGCAGAACGAAAUUCUUUAUCAUCUGACAGCAUUGGAAUUGCAGAGAGACCCAUGGGCCAAGCAGGUCAAUCAGACAUUAAACCAUUUGCGCAACAUACAAGGAUACUUGGAAAAGACAGCUACCGAAAUAUGCCAAAAUCAAACACGCAUCUAUACAGAGAGACUCAAGACGUAUCUCACAAAUAGUAAGUCGACCAUGUCAAGUCAGUUGGGUGAAACAACAGCAAAAUGCCGUCCAUUCUUUGAUAUAUUUGAUGCAAAUCGUAUAUUUCUAUGUAGAAAUAUUGUAGAUUACAUAAACGGUUUAUGGUUCUUUACGUUCAUAACAAUUCUAUUAUGGUCAAUUGGUACACCAGUAGGAUUAAAUAUGAUCUCCAUACAACGAGAAAUGGAUGGACUGAAAAAGGUGCAAGCACGUGCAGCUGAGCGAGCAAGUGAUAGCAGCGGUGGUAGACGACGACGUACGGAUCGCACUGAAAGGGCGACUAGUGCAGCAAGAGAUCGAAGUACAAGUAGUGCUUCCAGACCUAGGCCACAACUGCGUCGUUCUGCCACAGAAGAAACAUUGGAUAUAGCAGAUGAAGUUGAACCACAACGUCAAUUACGCGAUACUCGUAGCCGUGAACGAGAGAUAAGUAGACCUCGAGAAACACCCAGUGCAACUGCUACACCAGCGCGCAGCAGAACACAGUUACGUCAUUCAGGCACCGAUAUUGAAGAUAACUGGGGUUCGUCUAGUGCUAGUAGAGGAACUUCUAUGGAACGUGAACAAAGUCAACCCAGAGGUUAUAGCAGUUACAGACCGCAGACACAGAAAACAAAACAGAAACCACAAUUACGUAAGCAAGGUACUGAAGAGUUGGAUAUGGAUGAUGAUAGUUGGUUUACAACUUGUACUGGUCGAGAGCAACGACGAGAUAGUAGAAGAGAGCAACAACAAGAUCGCAGCAUGCCUAGAACGCGACGUCGUACUGAAGAUGAGAGCUUUGAACAAGAUAGAAGACGUCCAGCUACACCAGUUUUGUCAGUCAAUCCAGAUGCACAACCUGCCGUUCCACAGCCAAGAACUCCAUCACGUUUGAGAAGUAGAGUCUCACUUACAUCCAGAGCUAUUGAAAAUAUCAUGACUUCGUCAACCGGUCGUAAUAGAAGAUUACAACGUACCGGUACUGAAGACUACGAUCUAGAUGACAGUGAGAUUUAUGGUGCUGCCACCGCAACUAAUCCAGCUGCUGUUGCUGCCGCUCGACGUACGCCACCAAGAACCGCACCACCACCACCACCACUUCCUGACACGAUGACCAGUUCACGUAAUGUUCGCUGGCAUGAAGAAGAUGAUUUGGUCUUUGAGGAUGCGGAUUAGGUUUAGGAGUUCAAUGAUCUCCUCUCCUUUUAUAGUAUUAAUUUUUACUUAUAUUCACAAGUUUCAUAUAAACAUAAACAUUUAACAUCACAUAUAUCAGAAGUAAAAAAUAUUUUCCAUAACAAAUGCACGAUUUUAUAUAUGCUAAGCGUAUUUUAAAUUUUUAUUCUAUUUUAAUUAAAUAAUUUUUAAGUCUCAUGUAAACACUUUUUAUAUAUAAGACUUUUUUCUUGGUACUGUGUCUGCCUUUAAGUAUAAAUAUACCAACAUGAAAACAGUAGAACAUUUUUGAAAAUUAAUAAA